AUGCCUCUUUUCGGGUCACGCCGCGAGCCUUCUCCCCCACCUGCGCCAGCUCACACAGCCCGAACAGGCCUUUUCUCGCGCCGACGCUCCACAUCACCCUCGAACAUGCACAGAUCCCCACCAGCUACAUCACAUACCACCACGACCACCAAGCGCCACUCAUCCAUCCUACACAAAAGCCACUCAGGCGACCCAUCUAUUGCAGCUGCUACGCACAGCCUCCGGCAAGCCGAGGUUGCUGAAAGAGAUGCGGAUCGUGCGUUGUUCGUCGCGAAGAAUGCAGUAAGAGAGGCCAGAGAGCAUGUCAGGAGAUUAGAGAGGGAAGCAGCGGAGGAAGCGAGAUUGGCGAAGAUCAAGCAGGGAGAGGCAAAGGCGCUUGGAAAGAAAGGACGGGCUCUUGGUCGCCAUGACCAUGUCUGA